UCGAAUCGCAAUCCUUCUUCUCCCCUCUUAAUAUUCACAACCCUAGCUAUUACCUAAUUGUUAUUUCUAGUAAGAAAAAUGGUACAUUAAUAGAUUGAUAGAUAUUAUAUGCCAAAGAUGGGUUCGUCUUCGUCUCCUUCGGAAACAAAUAACUCAUUUCGUACGCCGCCAGCGCUGCCCUUAGUUGUCUGCUCCUCUUCGCGGGGCUCCGGCACCUCUAUCCAAACCGGUAAGCUUCUAAAGGCGCUGGAGAACAAGAAGGAAAUUGACAAGCGCUUGGAUUGUCCUUUAAUUCAUACCAAUCCGUAGGAGGUACUUUUAUUUGGGAAUUGGGAAAAAAUACGUUAAUGGAAGCUGUUUAUGGUAAUAGAUAUUUGUUCCUUUCCAAAAUGGAGGUUGUUUUGAACGAACCAAACUACCCCUGUUCAAACACUGCAAGGGUAUUUGAACUUUUAUAAUCAAAUGGAGAAAAAAUCUUUAUAACAUAUACUACGUUGUAUUCACCUAAGUUAAUAAAAAAAUGGAGGUUGUUUUAAGCCAAAUUGUAUUUUAUUGUUAGAUAGAUAAAUUUGUGAGUAUUUAUUGAUUCUUUAGAUUUUUUUGGGAUUUUUCUUAGUGGAAUGUGAUCCAAGGAUGGAAUUUGUAAUUCUAGUGAAUAAUAGUUAACUGGCCAGCCAAUCACCUACAUAUGCAGAAACUGGAAUGCUAGCUCAUGAGCAUGUGCACUUCAAGCCUUUGUUGCUCCCAUUAUCCUAUUUCUGUUUGAUGUCUGCAAUUUUCUAGUGAUUUCUUUAAUUUAUUAGGUUCAACAAUAUCCUAAUGUAUAUCUAAAACUAUAUUAUCUCAGAAUGCAUGCCUACCAAUUGUAUUUUAGAAUUUUUGCAUGGUAUAUUCAGUAGUCCUAUAUGUGUGUGUGUGUGUGUCUGUGUCAUUUUUACAGGAUGUAAUAGCAUGUGAUGUGAUAUAUCCUGAUCACAUUGAUGUGGAAUUUGAAUCUAUUGGAGGUUUGAAAGCCAUCAAGCAUGUUCUCUAUGAGCUAGUGAUUCUUCCAUUACGGAGAACAGAGUUGUUUUCACAUGGAAGGCUUCUUGGUCCUCAAAAAGGGGUUCUCUUAUAUGGUCCCUCAGGUAGAAAGACCAUGCUUACUCAAGCCAGUGCAAAGGAGUCUGGAGCUGUUUGUAUCAAUCUGAGGAUGACAGAUCUGAUGAACAGGUGGUUUGGGAUGCACAGAAACUUGAGAAUGCACAAGUUAUGGUUCCUGCCGCAACAAAUUGUCCUUCAGAACUAGAUGAAGCAACACUCAGGCAUCUUCUGCAGGCUUUUGAGAUUGGAAUCCCUGAUAUCAGGUAAAGGGCUGAGAUACUAAAGGUGAUUUUGAAGGGUGAGAAUGUUGAAGAACAUCAACUUUGACCAUGCAGCCUGUUUGUGUGAAGGAUACACAGGUUCAGACCUUCUCAAACUCUGCGAGAAAGCAGAAUACAUUCCUAUUAGAGACUUACUAGACGAGGAGAAGAAAGGAAAACUGUCUGGAGUAAGUAAAUCUUAAACAUAUACCUAGGACUAAAGUUCUGUUUGAUUUUCAGACCACAAAGCCAUUAGCACUGACUAAUUUGGAGAAAGCACUUGGUACUUCAAGGAGGACAGUGGUUGCUGCGAAUGAAUAUAGCAGGCUAAGUUCACGUUAUCUGGACAGUCAAGGCAGAGGGAACCAGAUGAUUAUCAGGUGCAAGCUGCUAUUAAUGAACUCCCCAAGUUAGCAAUUUCAAUGAAGCUUUUGCCAAAGUUAGCUAAAAAAUCUUUAAGAUGUAAGUGGUACUAUGUCUUUCAAUUCUAUUUUUCAUUUGAGAUGUUAUAUGGUGGACCACAUUUAA